UAAGUUUCCCUCACUGAUCAAUAGCUAAAUAUAGAGUAAAAUAUUACUCUAUGAGCUAAAUGAACCUUGAUAAGGUUACCUUAUCAGCAGGUUAUGUAACAGAUAAUUAUAACASGAUAAAUUGAUAAUAUUCCGUUAUGGUGCUGACAUGAGGAAGCCAUCUUGUUUUUCUAACAUUCAACUCUACAAAUUACAAUAUUCUUCGUUUCUACAUGACUAUUGACUACAUACUACAUAGGUAGUACAUUGACCAUUGAGAUAUUGAGAAMAUUCUACUUAGUACUUUCUACAARCGUCAAGCAUUGUUCUAAUGUUCUGCGACACAACAAGUCAACAACUGUAUGAUUCAAGUAUUCAAGUCAAAAACUUACUAUUCAACUACUUAAUUCUUUAGUGCUUAAAACUAAAUYCCAAACGUCCGUUUUUAAUAUUUAGUGUAUGAUUCAUUUUCUUGCAAUGGUUAACGAUUAAAUUUACUAACUUGUCUGUGCCCUUUGGUCUUUUGGCCCUCGUGGCUCACCGGCUUGUACUCAAUUUUCUUUAACAUAAGCCAUUUCUCAACGUCGCCCGUUAUUGAAACAACACAUAGAAAACUAAAAAAUGUCCAAACACCGCGAAUGGGAUCCAACUUGCAAAGUAUACAUUGGUAAUUUGAAAAGCAAUGCCAAUAAAUACGAAAUAGAAGAUUUAUUUACCAAGUAUGGCCCAUUGAAAAAUAUUUGGAUAGCAAGAAAUCCUCCWGGUUUUGCAUUCAUAGAAUAUGAAGAUCCACGCGAUGCAGAAGAUGCUGUCCGUGGUUUAGAUGGAACGUAAGACAUUUAACAUUAUAUUAUA